GCUAGAACAUCAAUUUCUUGAAUUUAUUAAAUGUUGAAAUGGGAAUGCUUUUUUUUUUUGGAUGAAUUAAUACUUUUAUAAACCAAACACUUCAAAGUACAAUCACUCCAGUAAAAAACUGGAUACACCCCAUACAAACUGGGAACAACACAAACCAACCAAUCGAGAACUUCCAACCCAAACCAGAAACAGUUCAUCACAACUCAAAGCUACAACGUAACCUCUCUCUCUGCAAUAGGAGACAACCAAGGCAAAAGAGCAGAACCUACAACUUCCACUGCUUUGAGAGCCUAACAGAAAGAGAAGAACUCUUGACCCUUCUGUUGUACAUUACUCGAGUCCUAACCUCCCAUUUGAUACGGGCAACAAGGGCUUCUUCCGACAGAGUACCCCUGAUUUCCCCACUCUAUACAGAUUCCAUUCCUGAAUAAGCCUCUGAUUGAAAACCGUAUCUUUGAAGCUGCUACUAGCCAAAAUCUUUGUCUUCACCUCCCACCUGAUUUGAGCUAUAAUUUGUUCCUCAGAACGGGGAACAUUCCCAUGCAGUAAAUCAUUACGUUGCCUCCAUAUAUGAUAUACAGAAGCACCCAAACAAAGUCUGCAAAGGGUAGUCCAAAGACUUUUCCCUUUAAGAGCAGAUGAACUCCACUGUGCAAUGUCCUCCCAAGCCUGCUUGGGAUAACGAAUAAAACAGGCAGCAAUCACCCUUUUCCACACCCUACCACUGAAGCUACAAGAGAAAAACAGGUGGUCUCUACUCUCCAAGCAGCCAUAACAGAAACGGCAGAGAAGAUUGCCUCCAUACCCCCAAAGACUUAUCAUUUCCUUGGUGGGAAGAGCAUCCCGGAAGACAAGCCAAAGAAUGAAUGAGUGUUUAGGAAUAGCAUGAGAAACCAGAUUGUGUUACACCAAGAAACAGUAGGGAACUUGUCUCUAAGUACCUCCCAAGUCUCAGAACAGGAAUAAAUUCCCUGUUUAGACCUCCAAACAGGCAUGUCACUGCCUCCAAUACUCACCUCCGGAAGUCUACUUUGGAUGGCAACAAUAUUGUCAGAUCGUGCACCCGUCCAAAACCAAUCACUAUUACGAAUGAUAGAAGACACUUUAGCCUCUAGAUUACUACCAGCAUCAUAAACAGUUCGGAAUCCAUAAGCAUCCAGUAAGCAGCCAUCCAGAUGCCAAUUGUCAAGCCAUAGAAACACUUUGGUACCAUCACCAAUCCGAAAGUGCAGAAAUUGCUUAGCUAAAUCUCUGAGCUUAAGGAUUUUUCUCCAGCUCCAAGAAAUGGGAAUGCUUUAUAACCUUGAUGGAUUUCUUUCCCCCAAAGUAUAUUUUCGUUUGAUGAAACUCAUGUUUGAUGUUUUAUGGCAAAUCAGUCAACAAUGAGCUCCUUGAGUGCAAAUGAUGACUGCCUUGGAUGGGCUGCAAGAGAUGUAUCUGGAGUUUUAUCACCUUACAACUUCAGCCGUAGGUUGGACGAGGAAUAAACGUGGGGAUUCAAAGUAUCCUUUAGUGCCUGGACAUGAGAUUGCUGGAAUUGUGAAAGAGGUUGGUUCCAAUGUUCACCGCUUCAAAGUUGGCGACCAUGUUGGAGUAGGAACCUAUGUAAACUCAUGCAGGGAUUGUGAGUAUUGCAAUGAUGGACAAGAAGUUGUUUGUGCCAAAGGAUGCGUUUUCACUUUUAAUGGUGUGGAUGCGGAUGGUAGUAUUACCAAAGGAGGAUAUUCCAGUUACAUUGUUGUCCAUGAAAGGUAUUGCUUUAGGAUACCUGACAACUAUCCGUUGGCUUCAGCAGCCCCUUUGCUUUGUGCUGGAAUUACAGUGUAUGCUCCCAUGGUGCGUCACAAGAUGAACCAACCUGGUAAAUCUCUAGGAGUGAUUGGUCUUGGAGGUCUUGGUCACAUGGCAGUGAAGUUUGGGAAGGCUUUUGGGUUGAAUGUGACUGUGCUCAGCACUAGCUUAUCCAAGAAAGAAGAAGCCUUGAGUUUGCUUGGUGCAGACAGAUUUGUGGUUUCAUCUGACCAAGAGCAGAUGAAGGCCCUGGAUAAAUCUUUCGACUUUCUAAUUGACACAGCAUCUGGUGAUCACCCAUUUGAUCUCUAUAUGUCGCUGUUGAAGAUUUCUGGUGUUCUAGUCCUGGUGGGGUUCCCAAGUGAAGUCAAAUUCAGCCCUGCAAGCCUAAAUAUGGGUUUGAGAACCAUUUCCGGUAGCCUAACAGGUGGUACAAAAGUGACACAAGAAAUGAUAGACUUCUGUGCUGCUCAGAAUAUUUACCCAAACAUAGAAGUAAUUCCAAUUCAGUAUGCAAAUGAAGCUCUCGAGAGGCUAAUAAAGAAGGAUGUGAAGUACCGGUUUGUGAUUGAUAUUGAGAACUCCCUGAAAUGAAACUGCUGGAGAAACAAGGAAUUCCUCUUCUCAAUACGUAUAUUCUUAAUUUUAUGCAUAAUAUUAAGGUAUUGGAUCAGAUAUUGAAACUCAAAAGCAUUUGUAAGUAGGUAACUUGCCUGAAAUAAGUGGAUGGGUUGUAGAGUGGUGUUUUAAGAAAUGGUUUAAUAAAAAUAGAAGUAUGGACUUCUAAAUAUAGUUCUUUUCUAUUGUUGUCA